AUGGGGCGGCGGGGGGGCUGCCCGGCCCCGCUCUGCCUCCUCCUCCUCCUCCUCCAGGCUGGUCACUGGCUGGCAGCACCGUGCCAGCCCGGCUUUGCCAAAGAGACCUUUGCCUUCGCCGUGGCACCGGACGGCGUGGUGGCGGGACGGGCGCUGGGACACGUGAGUUUUGUGGACUGCGGCGAGCAGCGGCACACGACGUACCUCUCGGAUGACACGCGCUUCAAGGUGAGCAGGGACGGUGUUGUCUCUGCGACCCGGCCUCUGCAGCUCCGGCAGCGGGAGAUCAGCUUCCCCAUCCACGCCUGGGACGCCUCAGGCAAGAAGCAUUCGGCCAGGGUGACCCUGCGCAGGCAGUGGCACCGCCGUCACCACCACCAGCAGCACCGAGCCGUGCCACUCUCCCCGCAGGACACGCACACACAGCCUGAUGUGCUGACCUUCCCCGAGCCCGGCCAUGGCCUCCGGCGGCAGAAGAGGGACUGGGUCAUCCCCCCCAUCAACUGCCCCGAGAACGAGCGGGGGCCCUUCCCCAAGAAGCUGGUGCAGAUCAAAUCCAACAAGGACAAGGAGACCAAGGUUUUCUACAGCAUCACAGGGCAGGGGGCGGACACCCCCCCCGUGGGUGUCUUCAUCAUUGAGCGGGAGACAGGGUGGCUGGAGGUGACGAAGCCGCUGGACCGGGAGCAGAUCGACAAAUACGUCCUCUUCUCCCACGCGGUGGCGGCCAACGGGCAGCCCGUGGAGGACCCCAUGGAGAUCAUCAUCACCGUGACGGACCAGAACGACAACCGGCCCAUCUUCACCAAGCAAGUCUUCAUCGGUUACAUCGAGGAAAACGCGAAACCAGGCACAUCCGUGAUGACCGUGAACGCCACGGAUGCAGACGAUGCGAUCAACGUGAACAACGGCAUCAUCGGCUACUCCAUCCUCAGUGAGGAGCCCAAGAGCGCGCAACGGAUGUUCACCAUCGACCCGCAGAAGGGUGUCAUCAGUGUCAUCGGCACAGGGCUGGACCGGGAGACCACUCCCAACUACACGCUGAUCAUCCAGGCUGCGGACCAGGAGGGCAGUGGCCUGACCAACACUGCCACUGCCAUCGUGGAAGUCACCGAUGCCAACGACAACCCUCCUGUCUUUGACCCCACUGCGUACGAGGGGACGGUGAACGAGAACGAGGUGGGAGUGGUGGUGGCCCGGCUGCACGUGACAGACCAGGACAUGCAGGGCUCCCCUGCCUGGCAAGCCGUCUACCGCAUCAAGAGUGGGGACCAGAAUGGCGACUUCAGCAUCACCACCGACCCCAAAACCAAUGAUGGCAUUCUGAAAACUGCCAAGGGCCUGGAUUAUGAGACCAGGAGCCGGUACAACCUCCUGGUAACGGUGGAGAAUGCUGUCCCCUUCACCGUCCCCCUGCCGCUCUCCACGGCCAGCGUCCUGGUGCUGGUUGGAGACAUGAACGAAGCGCCUGUCUUCGUGCCCCCCGUCAAGAGGGUGGAGGUGAUGGAGGACCUGCCAAUGGGGCACCAGAUCACCUCCUACACGGCCCAGGACCCAGACAGGGAUCAGAGGCAGAAAAUCACGUACCGCAUGGGCAGUGACCCCGCAGGGUGGCUGGCCAUCGACCCCGAGAACGGCUUUGUCACGGUAGCCCAGCCGCUGGACCGGGAGUCGGUGCACGCCAUCAACAGCACCUACAAGGCCAUCGUCCUGGCUGUGGACAGCGGGUCGCCGGAUGCCACCGGCACGGGGACGCUGCUCCUCCUCCUCCAGGACGUGAACGACAACGGGCCCAUGCCAGAGCCCCGGUUCUUCGACAUCUGCAGCCGGCAGCCGGAGGAGCAGACGCUGAACAUCGUCGACAAGGACCUGCCCCCCAACACCUACCCCUUCCAGGCAGCGCUGGAGCACGGCUCCAGUGCCAACUGGACUGUCAAGGUGACCGGACAAGACCUGCUGGUGCUGAGCCUGGUGAAGCAGCUGGAGCCGGGGGAGUACAACAUCUUCCUGAGGCUGACGGACAGCCAGGGCAAGGCGCAGGUGACGCCGGUGAAAGCUCAGGUGUGCGACUGCGAAGGGCCGGCCAAAAACUGCGAGCGGCGAGCGUACAUCGCCAGCGGCUUGGGCGUCCCCGCCAUCCUCAGCAUCCUGGGGGCCAUCCUGGCGCUGCUGAUCCUGCUACUGCUGCUGCUGCUCUUCGCCAGGCGGAGGAAGGUGGUGAAGGAGCCGCUGCUCCCGCCCGAGGACGACAUGCGGGACAACGUCUACCACUAUGACGAGGAAGGUGGCGGCGAGGAGGACCAGGACUAUGAUCUGAGCCAGCUGCACCGGGGCCUGGACGCCCGCCCAGAAGUGAUCCGCAACGACGUGGCCCCCCCGCUGAUGGCUGCCCCCCAGUACCGGCCCCGGCCCGCCAACCCUGAUGAGAUCGGAAACUUCAUCGAUGAGAACCUGAAAGCGGCCGACACGGACCCCACGGCCCCCCCCUACGACUCCCUGCUGGUGUUCGACUACGAGGGCAGCGGCUCGGAGGCCACCUCGCUCAGCUCCCUCAACUCCUCUGCCUCCGACCGCGACCAGGACUACGACUACCUCAACGACUGGGGCAGCCGCUUCAAGAAGCUGGCAGACCUCUACGGCGGUGGGGAGGAGGAUGACUAG